CACACCCGCGGCGGGAGGAGGAGCGGCAUCUUCCUCGCCGUCUGCCUUUCGCCAAUUUAAAUUCUCCCCAUUCUCGCCCCUUCUUCUUAUUUUUUUUUUAUUAUUUUUUUUUAUUUUAUUAUAAUCACUGUCAUUGUCCGUCGGGGUGCUCCGACCGGGUCCCGUCGGAGAGGGUGGAUUAUACCUCGGGGGAUCGCCGCGGCUCCCCGGGAAGGUUGCUGACACUGUGGCUGCAUUUCACUCACAAGAUACCAAUCAAACACUAGUAUUGGAGAAACACUUGGGAUACGUACAGUUCCUCACCCAGGAUGCCUUUCAAAGCUGGAUUAGAACUGACUGAAUUGCAGAAUAUGACUGUCCCUGAAGAUGAUAACAUCAGCAAUGAUUCAAAUGACUUCACAGAGGUGGAAAAUGGCCAGAUAAAUAGCAAGUUUAUUUCGGAUCGAGAAAGCAGAAGAAGUCUCACAAAUAGCCACCUGGAGAAGAAGAAAUGUGAUGAAUAUAUCCCAGGAACUACGUCACUGGGGAUGUCUGUAUUCAACCUCAGCAAUGCAAUUAUGGGCAGUGGAAUUUUGGGUCUUGCUUUUGCCUUGGCCAACACAGGAAUUCUCCUUUUUCUGCUGCUUUUGGUUUCAGUGACACUACUGUCUAUUUAUUCAAUAUAUCUCCUGUUGGUGUGUUCAAAGGAAACAGGCUGCAUGGUGUAUGAAAAGCUGGGUGAGCAGGUCUUUGGUACCCCAGGGAAAAUGAUUGUCUUUGGAUCUACAUCUCUCCAGAAUGUUGGAGCAAUGUUGAGCUAUCUCUUCAUAGUCAAAAAUGAGCUGCCUUCUGCCAUUAAGUUUCUAAUGGGAAGAGAAGAAUCUUUUUCGGAAUGGUACGUGGAUGGGCGGCUUCUUGUUGUUACAGUGACGUUUGGUAUAAUUCUCCCUUUAUGUCUCCUUAAGAACUUAGGAUAUCUUGGCUAUACCAGUGGAUUUUCAUUAAGCUGCAUGGUAUUUUUCCUGAUAGUGGUUAUUUACAAGAAGUUUCAAAUUCCCUGUAGUGGACCGGAACUAAAUGCAACGUCAUCUAUCCUAUCAAAUAGCUCAGCAUAUGAACAUAUGUGUAAGCCAAAGUAUGUUAUCUUUAAUUCCAAGACCGUGUAUGCUUUGCCCACCAUUGCUUUUGCAUUUGUGUGCCACCCAUCAGUCCUCCCAAUUUACAGCGAACUGAAAGACCGGUCACAGAAAAAAAUGCAGUUGGUUUCAAAUAUCUCAUUUUUUGCCAUGUUCGUGAUGUACUUUAUGACUGCCAUAUUUGGCUAUUUGACUUUCUAUGACGAUGUGCAGUCAGAUCUGCUUCACAAGUACCAGAGCAAAGAUGACAUCCUCAUCCUGACCGUGCGCUUGGCUGUGAUCGUUGCAGUGAUACUCACGGUGCCAGUGCUGUUUUUCACUGUGCGUUCAUCGUUAUUUGAGCUGGCUAGAAAAACAAAAUUUGACUUAUGCCGUCAUGUUUUGGUUACUGUUGUUCUUUUGGUUAUCAUCAACCUGCUAGUCAUUUUUAUCCCGUCCAUGAAAGAUAUUUUUGGAGUUGUAGGGGUCACUUCUGCCAAUAUGCUGAUUUUCAUUCUUCCUUCAUCAUUGUAUUUGAAAAUUACCCAGCAGGAUGGAUCAAAGUUGACCCAGAGGAUUUGGGCUUCGCUUUUCUUGGCACUAGGGAUAAUGUUUUCCCUAGUGAGCAUUCCCUUGGUCAUCUAUGACUGGGUACAAUCAGGAGGUAGUGCCGAAGGCCACUGAAGUUCACCUCCUUCUGAAAAGAAGACAACCCUGUUUGCUACACACCAAAAUCACAACCAUCCGUUCUCUUAUCUAUUCCAUCUUUUGUGAGUUUACUCAAAUCAAAUCCAAAUAAUGAUUAUCCAGUACUGAAAAUACUGUUAUGGGUGUAUUUUCUUGCAGAAAACAGACCCGUAUUUCCAACAGGCUUAUCACUGUCCCUCGACACUGAGUUACCAGAUCAGCCUGAAGUCUAUGUUAAUUGUCUGUGAGACUAUAUAGAGUGUUGCUCAUAGAAUUAGUCACAAUUAAUUAGUUUCCCCUCUUCCACCCAUGAAUUCCAUUGUUCUGUUGUUAUCCUUAGCCCUUCAACCAUAAGCUCUGCUCUUUUAGGGCAGCAGUGCUCAUUGUUAUCAGUCCCAACUGGAGUGAUGUCAGUUCACACCCUUGCCCCCAUCCCCUGCCUUCAGCCAAAACUCUCUUCUCCAGUUGUACACACCCUAUUUGUUGGUUUGUUUGUUCUGUUGCUGUUUCGUGCACCAUUUGCUUCAUUUGGUUAAGCAUAGCGUUCUAGAUUUGGCACAAAAGGCACCACAAGAGCAUAACUAAGCUUUGUGUAACUGUAGGUCCUAUAUCUGGUGCUUCUCUUGGCUGUUCUGGUGCAAGAGCCAGCCCCAGGGCUUGGCCCUUUUGUGGCUUUGGGGAACAGACCUGUGACUGUGUGUGUCUUCAUGACAGCACGCAGAGAGCAGGACAACGACAGCCAUCACCACCAGACACCAUUCCCCUGGCACACUUCAGUUGGAGCCUGACCAGAAGUAGACUUGACCCCAACCUAUGAGUACAUGAGUCUGAAGAGAAGCAGACGCUUGGAGAUUUCCAUAGGAAGUCUGCUUUUCUUUGGCAUUAAACCAUUUACUAGUCCUGCAUCACUCAGAAGGGAAAAAAAAAAAAAACAAGCUCCAGUUUUAUGAAAACCUACACAUAUAAUCAUACCUCAUGCCUUUUCUAUUCUGGGAUUUAUUUUUACAUACCGUGUAGAGACUGGCUCUUCUCUUGUGUCUUAUCCUCCUCCCACUGAAGUCAGUGAGGUUUUAGACAGCAGCAGGAGCAGGAUUUGACUCACCUUGCCAAACUACUGGAUUUCUAAUGCAAAUUGAAAUCUGUAACAUUUCUUUAAACACACAGAAACGCUUUUUAUGUUUAAAAUGUUUCAUUUGCAUUUCUCAUUGAUUCUCCAUAACAGUUAAAGACAUUCAAUUACUAUUGGCAAAAACACUGUAACUCACAUCUGUUGUCCACAAAAUAAGCAUUUGCCUAAUGCCUUAUAGCUGGUGUAGAGAACUUGUAGAGACUCAACCGCUAAGCAGGUGAUCGGUAACCUUCCUGAGCAGACAUCCUCUGUUAGUGCACUGCCAGCAGCAUAAACGUGUUCACUUUGUGUCCUUCACCGUGUGAGCUAGAAAGCGUCUCAGAACAUGAACCCAGCUCCUGCUAAAAGAACCCAUGGCUGAAGGGAGCCCUGCUUCACACCCAAGGGCUGAGCAGUGCCCUCCGUGUGCUCGAGUCAUGCCUGUCAGUGUGCAGUGAUCCUCUCAUUCCCAGUAGCUGGUUCAUUGCUGACUCCCAUUGUAUCUGUGGAAGGAGACAUUGUCAUCAGCUGUGAGGAACCUGUCAUUGCGGCUUGCUCUUUUUAAGGUUAGGGACGGCGAAUUCAGGAUCCUGGGAUCUCUGUGAGCUAUUGAAUUGCUUCAGUUGCCAUUGCCUUGUCCUAUAUGGCUGAAUGUUACUGGUAGUUGAGACCACAGAGCAUUUCGCAGAACCUUGAAAGUUGGUUUUUGAGGGUAACAUCCAGAGAGAUUAGUUUGGAACCUUUCUUGGAAUUUGGGCAUCGAGAUGCAGAGUGUUCAUGCUGCAGAAACUAAACCUAUUAAACCUAGACUUCUAGAUCUGUAUCUCAGCCCAGGCAGUGAGGUGCCUGGCUCUGCUGAUACCCGACUGUGAUCCAAUUGCACAGUAGAGUGGACUCCACAGGCAGCCCAAGUCCUCAGAGUAGCCCAGCAACAAGGACAAAACCAGAAGCGUCCUCCUCCCAGGCAAAGUGACCUGCUAGACUGCAGAGCAGGAUUCCCUUAGUUUGUCCUUCUCCUCGCUCCUCAGGCCUUCUCUCACAGGCACCCAGCAAGGUCUCUGGUGCAGUGUCCUUCCUCCCAAGCACCCCUCAGCUCAGCAUUUAACACAUGAACUGCUGAGCUACCUAGGACCCCUGGCAGCUCAUGUUUUCCUGCAGCUGCAUUUCACCUGUGACGGUGCAUGUUACCAGUUCUCUCUGUGCCACCUCUUUGUGAGACUCAUCCCUGCCAUGGUUCACAGAAAAUUCCAUACCAUAGACUACAAGCCCAGGUGUUAGUCAAGUUCUGGGGAGCCCAUACUUCGUUCCUGGCUUCUCAGUUUGUUCCAGGCAUCUUCCCAGCAUGGGGUGUAGGUUUGUGGCUCCCCUUUCACAGGCACUCAACUCUCCCUGGUAGCUGCAGCCAGGAGCCCAGCAUCUCACUCCAUUCUCUGACUCAGCUUCCUGGGCUCACAUUUUAGGUUUCAAGGUGCUUUAUAAUCUCUCUUGAUCUUAUCUCAAAAAACCUUACCAAGACCUGAGAAUACUGUAUAGCGUUAUUAUCUUCAAAAUGCUCCAGGGCUCUCCUGCUUUCCUCCCUCCUUUAUCCUUCUUCUACUACUGAUGUAUGAGCAGUGCAGCUCUGUGCACUGGGGGGCUGUGAGAGAGGAGAUCCUGGGAGAGACUUUCAGAUACACAGGUAGGAGCUACAGGUUUGAUCUGCACAGGGUUCCAGCAAGAUCACAACUGCAACAUCUCCCUUCCACCCCACCUCCCAAUUAGUCUGUAGUCUCACAAAAUACAAACCAUUGAGUUUUGGCACUCAGUUUCCUUCAACUUGAAGGGCUGUUGGGUGACUGAUUGCAUUUUCCCAAAUCUCCUCCACCACUUUCCCUCCUCUUUGCUAGUCUGCCACCUUCUUUUCCCAGUUUGUUUGUAUAGCAGAGUUUUACUGGGUAAAUAGGGAGAAUGAGCUAGGUGUGUGCACAGAGUGAAAUUACUCCAAGGUACUGGACCAUCAAAGCAUAUCCUAGAUACUGAAAAGCAGAUACCCAAAAUACUGAGUCUUUAAACAGACUUUGUUUCUGGGUCUCUGAAAAAAAAAAAUUAAAAAAAAAAAAGAGGGAAUUUUGCUUAGACUGAUUUACUGGCAUCAUAUUUAUAGAUAUUUAUGGAAAGGAAUCAUGUGUUUAUUGAUGUCUGUGGUAAUGAACGUGAAAUAACGUGCUUUUUGUUUUCUCAUCAGGUUUAUACAUUCUUAACAGAAUGCAAUAGACCCUGCUGUAACUGUCAACAUCAGUGAUGGAUGACAAUAUUUGUAUGAGGUUAUCUGUAAAAUGUACUGCUGUUAUUCAGUUCAUUUGAAAUAGUGAACUUGUAGCCAACAAUGUACGAGUCCCACAUUUUAGCUAGGAUUUUAAGAGCACAGUGAAAAGCUAUAGGAGUUUCUCUGUCGUUAAAUUAAUAGGAUCCAGAGUACUGUAUCUACUUAGUAGGUGGUAGCAUGCUUUCUUUUCAUAGAGAGUUUAUCACUAUUGUGAGCACUGCAAAUGUCAUAGACUGGAUGCAAAAUUGCUUCUAAUAACUACAACUAAGUAUUUUUAAAUUCUUAUUUGCGUAGUAGCAACACUUGGGUGGUAAGGGACAAGGAAGGACUAAUUAGAAUCAGGGGCUCCUAAUAACACUGUAGAAGUUAAUCCUGCACUUAAAAGAUGGCCUUGCUGCCCCUCCCAGUCCACAGCACAUUGUAAAGAAAAUAGUCAUGAGCUUAAAGCACCUCUAUGGUUGCAGAACACACCUGCCCUUCUCUGUCUGUUGGCAAACACACCUAGUAAGUAAAACACAAUAAAUUGUUAUUUGGGAGCAGUGACCUGUCUGCGUGAUGCUUGCUCCUGGCCAGAGGGCCAAUGCCAAAUCCAUGCACCUUUUGUAGGGCUGGCAGCCACAGAGUGGUGCUGGCCCAUGUGCAGGCCCAGGGCAGAAGAGCAGGUCUCAUCCUGGGAGGUAAGGGAUGGGGAUGCCCAUCCAGUCCCGGUGGCUGUUCUCCUGAGCCACAUACCAACCCAUAGCUCAUGCUCCACUUGCAAUAGGUCACACGUGCAAAUGCAGGUUGGAUAAUAGGUGGGUUGUGUCUGUACAUCUGCCUUACAAUGCAUAAGCACCAAGCUCUCUCUGAUAUUGAGUAUUGACAGUAACAAUUAAUGGUAUCUCUAGUUUAAAUGAAUUUGUCUUUGCUUGAACCUUACAUUAAGGCUAAAGAGCAUCUUGGUCAAAACAAAAAUCUUUCCAUGUGGUGGUGUCCCACCUCCAGUCCUACCUUCCCACCCCAGUGCCUGUAGGAGAAAGGCACAGCAGAAUGUACUCAGCUCCAUCAGCAGCUCCAUGAGAUGGCUUUAUCAUCUGGUGCCAGGGCACUUUCUUAAACAAUUUCCCAGAGCCCUUGGCAUCAGGAAAAUCCUUAUUUCCUAUAACUUACACAACGAAUGUUUUAUUUGUAUCUAAUGUACGGAUUUCUGUAACAAACUGUGAAAAAGAAAAAAAAAAAAAAAAAGACAAUUAAUUAAUAAAAAAACACAGUGCCGGAAAGGUCUAGAAUUCACAAAUUGUACACAAGCCUAUGUUUCUGAAGACAAAUCUAUGCAGUUGUGUUGUAUUGUAGGAAAUUUCAUUUUUAUGUACAUAUAUAUAUUGUAAAUAAAUAGGAUGCUGUAUAUUUUUGCAGUUGUUUAUCCCCUAUGAUAUAGAAGUGUUGAGAUAGGCUCUGCAUAUUAAGAAUAAUUUUAAUAGAAAGACAAAUACUUUCGCUUCUGACUUAGCAAAAUGUAUAUCCUUUCCUUUCUCCCAAGAGUUCACAAGUUAAAUCCUAAACUUGAAAUUAUAAUUACAUCACUAAUGUAACAAGAUAAAGAGAAAUAAAAUAUCCAAUGAAAUUGCUAGGAUUAAUUCCAGUGCAUGACUCCCUGUUUUCUCAACUGCAGGUUAGCCAGUCUUCCUGCUGGGUAAAGUAUCUCCCUUGGAAAGGGCCCCUUUGGUACUCAGGUACCUCUUAACUCCUCACCUGAGGUCAGGUGGAAGUGCUGAAAAGGCUUUCUGCAGAAACCAGAGCAAACUGCAGCCAGGAAUUUGAUCCAGCAUUAUACCAUGUUGUAUCCAAGCAUGUAUUUACCCAACUAAUACAAACAGAAGUCAGGACAGGACUUAUGCAUUUCCAUUUUCAGCCACCAGAAAUGCCCAUAAUUCAGAAAAAAAAUCAUUAAAGCCAGGAGUGGGCAGCAACUAGACCAAUCUGUGCCAUUUUCUAGCCCUCUCCCUUUCUCCAGAGUCCUGUGGCUGCUCCUCCAGUGCAGACCCAAGCAUGCUGCUAUCAUGCGACCAAAAGCCCAGCACAUGAGGCUGCCGAGAGCAUCCCUGGCCAGGGACUGCUUGCACAUCUCACCCUAUGAAUGUGCAGAGGCCAGUAUUCUGGUCAUGGGAUAGCUUUGUGUCCAGGGGUGGGGAUGGUGGGAGAGGAGGGUUGUGUACGUCCUGAGAGUGCCUCCGUCAAGAGCCUUGCAUAGAUUUUCUUGCUGGUAAAGCACAGUGUUUUUUUCAGGAUUGCUGAAAAACAGAAGUUGUGAAAUGCAUCUUAAAAUAACUGGGGUUUUUUUCCAUGUUUACUUUAUGGUCUUGGAUGAAAAUUAAACUUGAAAUAACAUUUGCUUUCACCGUGAGCACAAAUUUGAGGAAAAAAAUCUAUAUGCAGUCACUUCUACAGAGCUUUCUAAAUUAAUACAAGUGUACGUUUUGUUUUCAGUGUUACAGCCAACAAAAUAUAAACUGUAAAGGUAUUUUUCCACAAGACUUGAACUUUAACUUGUUUAUAGAAACCUGUUUUUAAUGUCCCAAGGUAUGUUAAGGCUCAUCCAGAUCUAGUAUAAACAAUAUUGUUUGAAUGAUGUACGCUUGAUAUGAGCUCGUCUCUAAUAGAUUGUUGAAGUGAGUCAUUGAUAUUUUGCUCCUGCUAACAUCACCAUACUUUGUGCUGCUCAUCCCCAAAUAAAUGAUGCAGUUUUUCAGUUUCUGUGUGUAAAUAAUAAUAAUAAAAAUGUAUUAAGUUCUAUAAUCUCUCUGUUACUUCUAUAGUUUUUAAACAUUAAAAUUGUGAUCUAAACUGA